AUGGCAGCCCCUCGACGCAGAAAGAUUGGUCAUCGACGACGCAUCGAGGAUGAGGAAGACGGAGAAGGUGGCCCUGACCAGCUCGACCUCGAUGACGACUCCAUGACCGAGGGUUCCAUCAUUAGCGACGACCACGAUCACGGUAACGAUAGCGACACUAGUAACAUCGACGAGGCCUCUCCCAUCACCCCCAACGUGAGGAAGUCGGCUGGUAAUGGAAAUGCAAAGUCUGCCCCCCGGAACCCUUCGGCCCAGGUGAACACCAAGCCCGUGUCCGAUGUCGACGACAAGCUCCAAGGUCUUUCCAUCAACGACCAAUCCGAGACCGUUCAGGAGGUCCAGGUAGAUGAGGAUGGUGCAUCUCUGCCAAAGUCUUCCGCUCCUCUCGUAGUGAGCUCCAACUCAUCUCGUCCCGCCGAGCCCGUCGGCGAGCGUCGUCGUCGGGAACACGAGGAAUACAAGCGGAGAAGGGACGAGGACCCCGCCUUCGUUCCCAACAGAGGGGCCUUCUUCAUGCACGACCAUCGUCAUGCCGGACCUUCUGCUAAUGGCUUCCGGCCUUUCGGCAGAGGUCGUGGACGUGGCCGAGGUGGAGGCAUCGGAGGCCCCUACGCACCGAUGAAGUAUGCCACCCAGCAAAACCCAUCUCGUCGUCUCCAGGCUAACCCGCUCAGUCAAUUACACAGUCCGACCGAUCCUCUGACCAGUGGCCAAUGGGCACACGAUAUGCACGAGACCGUUGCUGAACCCCCGCCCUCGAGACAACCAAGACAUCUGCCCGUGGAAGAGGGACCUGCCAACGGCAAUGGAUUCAUCCCCACAUGCCCGUCCAACCCGACCCCUAUCAACAGGACUCUUUCCACCGAACGACACAUCGGCAAUGUUCAGGUCAGGGUGUCACUGCCCGUCGUGGGCAAAGGCCCGGCUGCGUUUAGCAUGCCAGUCAAGCAGUACACGAAGCUCCCAGACCACCGCCCGCCCCUCCGUCGCGACAAGCCCGUCCGCAUCUCCCUGCCCGAUAACCCACCGAAGUACAUCUUCCCGGCCGUCGACCGAUCCUUCAUCUUCAUCCCCCGCGCGAUGCGGCCUAAUCAGCAACGGACUCGGGGGAAGCCCCGGUCUGGUCUUGGCUCCAUCGGCGGCUUUUCCAGACGAACCAGCGUCUUCGGUGGAAGCUACUACGGCAGUGCCUACUCCCCGAGCAUUGCGCUUAGUCGGCGUUCUUCCCUGGCCCCGGAUGGACGCGACUACCUGUUCUCACCCACGGGCUCGGUCAUGUCAAGGCCCCCGGUACCUGUCGAGAAUUCCAGACCUGUUGUUCGGCUGCCGCCCGCGAACCACCCCGGCCAGCCCUACCAUCAGCCUUUCGCUCCAAAUCAGCCCUUCUAUGGGCAAGACGGCAUUCCUAUGCAGCCUAUGCAGCCCAUGCAGCCCAUGCAGCCAAACGAGACGUCUAUCAACGACUUGCCGCAGCCACAGACCCACCCGUUGCCCCAGAAGCCUGCAUUCCAGGAGAACCGACCAAACCAAAUCCCUAUGCACCAGCCUCGGCCGCAGAAGGCUGUGUCGGUCACGAAUAUCGAAUCGCCGACCCUCAACCAAGGCCCGCAGGCCUUCCAGCAGGCUUUCCACCAGCAGGUCCCCGUGCAGGUUACCAACGGCAUGCCUCAAGAGAACCACUCGCGACAGCCGUCCUACCCUACACAGCAUUCAACCGGCACGCCCUUGUCUCAGAUCCCCGAGCGGGCAAUUCAUGCUGCCCCUUUCCAGCCGAACUACCCCCCGCAACAGAACUUCUACAACCAGCCGUACCCGAUGAUGCAGCAACAACAGCCGUAUUACUACCCUGGACAGUACAACGGCAGCAACUUGGGCCCUUCGGCCACUGCUCCGUCAUUUGUUCCUUCUGGACAACAGGCGCAAGGCCAGGGAUUCCCUCAACAAGGCCAGGUGGACCCCGCGGGCGCUCAAGCAAAUGGGCAGGCCCCUGGGGGACCCAACUUGGUUGCUCAGGAGGUCAACGGCAUGGUAUACUAUUAUGACGCGGCUCAAAUGCCGCCCAUGAACGCCUACCAGGGUUACCAGCCUCCUCCCCAGUACGGGCCCGGUGUUGGUGGCAUGAACGGAAUCACGCCAAGCCCGGAUGGUUUCUACUACCAGCAGCCCGCGCCUGGAAUGGUGUACUACUCGCAAUAG